GCCGCGUCAUCACAAACCCCAAACAAACAUGGCUGCGCGCGGCUCCUGCGCUGCCUCCCUCGCGCUGUUCGCGGUCUUUUCUUUAGUUUUGGCGCCGUUUUACGCCGCGGGUUGUGACGUCACGGUACCGGCGGUGUGUGCGGCCGCUGUCACCGGGCUGCUGACGCUGUGGGUUCGGUACCGGGACGGUGGCACCGACCGGCGGGUGUGUGUGCUCGUGCUCGGGGACCUCGGUCGCAGCCCGCGGAUGCAGUAUCACGCGCUGUCCCUCAGCAAACACGGAUAUGACGUCACUGUGGUCGGGUUCCUGGACUGUAAACCUCAUCAGGACGUCCUGAGAGAGGAGAAGAUCCGGAUCGUCCCCAUAAAGGAAGUGAGAGGCGUUCAAGUGGGACCGAAGAUCGUCUCGUACGUGACGAAGGUUCUGGUUCAGUGUGUGCAGCUGCUCCUCGUGCUGCUGAAGAUGGACUCACAGUCUCACAUAUUAAUGCAGAAUCCUCCGGGUCUGCCCGGCAUUGCGGUGGCGUGGCUCGUGUGCGCUCUGCGUGGCAGCAGAUUCGUCAUCGACUGGCACAACUACGGCUACACCAUCAUGGCGCUGAGCCACGGACGGAGACACCCGGUGGUCCGACUGGCAGAGUGGUAUGAACACUUCUUCGGCCCUCUGGCCGCUCACAACCUGUGUGUCACCAACGCCAUGAAGGACGACCUGCAGGAGAACUGGGGCAUCAAGGCGACGACUCUGUACGACCGACCGCCCUCCAUCUUCAGAGAGACGCCGCUGAAGCUGCAGCACGAACUGUUCAGGAGGCUCGCCGACACGUACCCUCAGUUCCAGAGCGAAGGGUCUGAGGACGGGGAGGUGAAGGUGGAGAGGACGGCGUUCUCAGUGUGUGACCUCAGCAGUGACUCAGUGACCCUGAGGGCGGAGAGACCGGCGCUGUUGCUCAGCAGCACCAGCUGGACGGAGGAUGAAGAUUUCUCCGUCCUGCUGACGGCUCUCGAAGAGUACGAAGGGUUCAUUAAAGGAGGAGCUUCCUUACCGUCUUUAGUCUGUGUGAUCACAGGUAAGGGUCCUCAGAAGGAUCACUACAGGAAGCUCAUUGACUCUCUACAUUUGGAGCAUGUGAAGAUCUGCACUCCCUGGCUGGAGGCAGAAGAUUAUCCAGUUUUAUUGGGCUCUGCAGAUCUCGGGGUUUGUCUCCACAAGUCCUCCAGCGGUCUGGAUCUGCCCAUGAAGGUGGUGGACAUGUUCGGCUGCUGUCUGCCCGUCUGCGCCGUCCACUUCAACUGUUUACACGAGCUGGUGAAGCACGAGGAGAACGGACUGAUCUUCAGAGACUCUCAGGAGCUCGCGGAGCAGCUCAAGUCUCUCCUGUCAGAGUUUCCCCGCUCAGACGGCAGACUGGGAGAGUUCAGGAGGAACCUCCGCACCAGCAGGGGGCAGCGCUGGGACGACAACUGGGACCAGAACGUCCUGCCUCUGCUCACCGCCCCCUGAGGGACACCAGACUCUUAAUGAACAAUACCGACAGUUUCACACUACAGUCGACUGACAUCAACGUCUGCUUCCGUUAUUCUCAGUUCAGGACAGACAGACACUAGAACGGGGCGGAGGUCGGGUUAGUCGGUACAUGUUGAGUUUAAUGUCUGUAGUCUGAAGGAGGGACGGGGGGGGGACGGGGGACGGGGGGUUGUGGUUAACUUUUCAUUCCAGUGUGAGAUUUAGUUUUUCUUACUUCCGAGCAGUUGAAUGUAUAAAAGAGACUUUGUUACGAUGCACAUUGUGUAAAUAAAAUCUUUAUUGUGCUGCA